AAUGAAUCUUCUAUUAUUUUCGUGAUUUUGCAGAAAACCAACAACAGAAAACGAGCCAUCCCUCUGCGGACGAAAAUUUGCCGUGUUUUUUCAGCAGCAACAACCACAACCAGUCAGCCAGUGUUUGCACGCCCGCACGCCGUAAGCUAAUCACGCCCAGGAAACCGAGCCACCCGAUUGCGGCCAUGGACACGCUACGGAAGUAUCUGGCCCAGGUUAAAGUGCCGUGCGCCAGCGAUAACGUCUACAAGGAGGAGUGUGUUUACUCGUUUGACAAUCCGGAAACGGACACCGGCUUGUACGUGAGUCUGGCCAGCUUUCUCGGGUUCGGGGAGCAGUACGUGCGCCCGUACGCCGAGCGGACCGGCAACCGGGUGUUUCUGCAUCUGAAGCGCGACAAAAUCGAAAUCCCCGACCCGUCCGCGGCGGACGGGGCCGGCGGUGCGGAUGGGCCGGAGAAAAAGAUCACCCGGCUGGCGAUCGGGGUGGAGGGAGGGUACACCGGGGCGGAGAGCAAAAAGUACGAGUACCAGGAGCACUACCAGGUGGUGGUGUUCGAUGAGCCGGUCGUAAGGUUGGACUACCCGAACGUGGACCUGCCGCUGCAGGUGCAGAAUGCGGUCGAGGCGGUCCAGAAGGCGGAGGCGGCUUCGGUGAAGCGCGAGCGGGAACAGAUGGCCGGCACGUGGGACGGGGAGAUCCGGCAGGUGUCGACGCACGCCGCCGAGCUGCUGCAGCUCGACAAUGGCAAGAAGAUCCCGCCGACCGGGUGGAAGUGCGAAAAGUGUGACCUGACCAGCAACCUCUGGCUGAACCUGACGGACGGUUCGAUCAUGUGCGGGCGCAAGUUUUUCGACGGCUCGGGCGGUAACGACCAUGCGGUGAACCAUUACAAGGAGACGAACUACCCGCUGGCGGUGAAGCUGGGCACGAUUACGGCCGACGGGAAGGGGGACGUGUACAGCUACAGCGAGGACGACAUGGUGGAGGACCCGUACCUGGUGAAGCACUUGGCGCACUGGGGCAUCAAUGUGGGCCAGCUGGAGAAGACGGAAAAGUCCAUGAUUGAGCUGGAGCUGGACCUGAACCAGCGGAUCGGCGAGUGGGGCAUUCUGUGCGAGAGCGGCAGCCAGCUGAAGCCGAUUGCGGGGCCGGGGUACACCGGGAUGAAGAAUCUGGGCAACACGUGCUAUCUGAACAGUGUGAUGCAGGUGCUGUUUACCAUCCCGGACUUUGUGCGCCGGUUCGUCGACGGUUCGAAAGCAAUCUUCGACAGCUUCCCGUCCGAUCCGGCCAAUGAUUUUAAUGUGCAGAUGGCAAAGCUGGGAACGGGAUUGUGCAGCGGCCGGUACAGCGUCCUGUCGGAAAGCAGCCUGGACACGGCCGACUCAACUACCGGCGGCAUCGCACCGACCAUGUUCAAGGCGCUCAUUGGCCAGGGCCAUCCCGACUUCUCCACCAAGCAGCAGCAGGACGCGCAGGAGUUCUUCCUGCACAUUAUCAGCACGCUCGAGAAGCACAGCCGCCACCAGGCGAAUCCGUCCGAGGCGCUGCGCUUCUGCAUCGAGGAUCGCGUCGAGUGCUGCUCCAGCGGCAAGGUCAUGUACAACCGGCGCGACGAGUGGUGCCUCCCGCUCCAGAUUCCCCUCCAGAAGGCAACCAACCUGGACGAGGUGAAGCAGUACGAGGCGGAGCGUACCGCAGCCGAGCGCGAGGGCCGCCGGCUCGAUCCGGACGCACUGGUGCGGCCGAAAAUCACGCUCGCCGCCUGCCUGGACACGUUCGCGCAGCCCGAGCUGGUGGAGCAGUUCUACAGCACGGCGAUCGGGGCGAAGACGACGGCCAAAAAGACGACCAAGCUCGCCUCCAUGCCCGACUAUCUGCUGCUGCAUUUGAAGAAGUUCACCCUGAAGGAAGACUGGACCUCGCUCAAGCUGGACGUGGCGAUCGACAUCCCGGAGGUGCUCGAUCUGGAAACGCUGCGCGGCACCGGCAAGCAGCCGUACGAGGAAGAGCUGCCGGACAUUGCCGGACGUGAGCCAACGCCACCGCCGAUGGAUCCGGAAGUGAUGGAGCAGCUGCUCGGGAUGGGCUUCCCGCCCGAGGCUUGCAAGCGGGCCAUCUUCUUCACGAAGAACACCGGCAUCGAGCCGGCCACCCAGUGGAUGAUGGAGCACAUUGCCGAUGCGGACUUUGCCAGCCCAUUCGUUCCGCCCGGUACCGGUGGCAAGAGCAGCUCGGUGGCCGGGGCCGCCUUCGUACCCAAUCCGGUCGGGCUGGAGAUGCUGAUGGGCAUGGGCUUCUCCGACCGUCAGGCUACGAAAGCGCUCAAGGAGACGGGCAACAACACGGAACGGGCGGUCGAUUGGAUCUUUUCCCACACCGACGAGCUGGACAGUAUGGCGAUCGAUGAUGCGACUUCGGACAGUGUUGCAACGGCUGCGGCUGCCGCCGGAUCGGACGGUGGAGCUGCGGGCAGUAAGCAGGGUUCGUCGUACCGUGACGGAACUGGCAAAUAUAAGCUCGUCGCAUUUAUCUCCCACAUGGGCACCUCGGCCCAGGUCGGCCAUUACGUUUGCCACAUCCUCAAGGACGGCCAGUGGGUCAUUUUUAACGACAACAAGGUGGCGAUCUCACAGAAUCCACCCAAAGAGCUCGGCUACCUGUACCUCUACCAGCGGGUGUAAAACCCUGCCCAUGCCGCUGCAAAGGAACAGGUUGUACCCCGACCGUUCCGUCGUUCCGUUUUCUCUCUUUUUUCAUCUUGCGCUGCGCGUCAACGAAGCCCCGAUCCAGUGGGGGACUGCAGCGAUGGACUGUGAACUAAUUUACGCUCUAUAAUUGAUAAUAAAACGGCAUCGAAUUACCCUAGCGAUAAUAAUGAAA